ACAAUACAAACAAUGUAAUACCUCAACCUUGAUACCGAUGAUAUUAUGUCUACUAAUCUUAUGCGAAACGUGAUGCUUGCAAUUAUGAGAUGCCCCACUCGCCCCCUCUAAUAAUGGAGCCCCGUGUUCGAGCGCGGCGCGGCGUGUUUAACGUCUAGUUACUAAUUGUCCGCCGUUAUUGACAAACAUAAAAUGGAAAGUGUCACGGUUUUGUUUGUUGCUUUAUGUUUUGCCGGCAUUUCCGUACAAGCUGCUGAUCUAAAAGUUAGCGUCUACUAUGAAUCUUUGUGUCCAGAUAGUAUCAAAUUUAUCAAAGAUCAGUUCAACCCUGCUUACAGCACUGUACUUAAGGACAAAAUAAACGUAGACUUUGUGCCUUUUGGAAAAGCAACGGCGAUAAAGAGUAAUGGUACAUGGAGCUUUACGUGCCAGCACAAAGAACCUGAAUGCUACGGUAACAAAGUUCAGUCAUGUGCAAUUGACAUUGCUUCGUAUAAUACAAGUAUCGAAUUUGUCGUGUGUGCUAUGAAGUCAGGAGAUGCUAGCGAUGAUGAAUUACUUAAACAGUGUGCUGAAGACAACCAAAUCAAAUGGGAUGACAUCGACAAUUGCUUAAAAUCAGGUAAAGGUGAUGAGCUUCUUGCAAAGUACGGCGACCGUACCAAUGCCGUAACUCCAAAAAUCACUUUUAUCCCGACGAUAGUAUUCAAUGACGUCUACACCGACAAACUUCAAGAAUUGGCCCUAAAAGACUUUUUAACAGUAUCAGAGGUGUUGCUGGAGAAACCAGACUGUAGCAAAUGUUCUAGCUCUAGAAUGGCUUUAUCUAUAGCUGUUCUAUUGUUGCCUUUGAUAUCAAUGUUAAAACUUCGUUGAUAACUUUGUUUUAAUCUUUAAUUUAUAGGUAAAUAUAUUUUAAAAAAUUGUUAAUUUCAAAGAUGUCAGGAUUGUCUAGUGUAAAUACAUUUUGUACAUUGCAAUAAACUAAUUGAAACUGA